AGGCGCUCUGGCUCCAGCGGGAGCAGAGGUAUAAAAGUGCUGCGGGAGACGAGCCGGGCGAGCGCCACCGAGGACCGAGGUGGGUGGCAGUCGGCACCAUCAGGCUCCCUUGGCGUUUCGGAGUUUUCUCUGUGGUCCCGACCCUCCGGAGGAUCUCGGUUGCCUCCUGAGUCCGGACCUGGCAGGGUCCAGGUUCACUCGGAGGUCGGGGCUUCCUCUGUGCCCCGUGCCCCUCGCUCCCAGGCUCCCUCUGUGGUGCGGACUCCUCUAGCCCGGUGCGCUCAGCCCCUCGCACCCAGCCUCCAGGCACAGAGCCCGGCAGGGAGCCCGGACCUUGUGCUUAGAGCUGCAGUGGCUGGACAUGAAGGUUCCUCCUGUCCUGCUUCUCUUUCUUCUGUCCUCGGUGCGAGCUACUGAGCAACCGCAGGUCGUCACUGAGCAUCCCAGCAUGGAGGCAGCCCUGACCGGGCCCAACGCCUCCUCGCACUUCUGGGCCAACUACACUUUCUCUGACUGGCAGAACUUCGUGGGCAGGAGACGUUAUGGGGCCGAGUCCCAGAACCCCACGGUGAAAGCACUGCUCAUCGUGGCCUACUCAUUCACCAUCAUCUUCUCGCUCUUCGGUAAUGUCCUGGUCUGUCAUGUCAUCUUCAAGAACCAGCGCAUGCACUCGGCCACCAGCCUCUUCAUUGUCAACCUGGCAGUGGCGGACAUCAUGAUCACAUUGCUCAACACGCCCUUCACUUUGGUCCGAUUUGUGAACAGCACAUGGGUGUUUGGGAAGGGCAUGUGUCAUGUCAGUCGCUUUGCCCAGUACUGUUCUCUUCAUGUCUCAGCACUGACUCUGACAGCGAUCGCAGUGGACCGCCACCAGGUCAUCAUGCAUCCCCUGAAGCCUCGGAUCUCCAUCACCAAGGGUGUCAUAUAUAUUGCUGUCAUCUGGGUCAUGGCUACCUUCUUCUCUCUGCCACAUGCCAUCUGCCAGAAACUGUUUACCUUCAAGUACAGUGAGGACAUUGUGCGCUCCCUCUGCCUGCCGGACUUCCCAGAGCCAGCUGACCUCUUCUGGAAGUAUCUGGACCUGGCCACCUUCAUCCUGCUCUACCUACUUCCACUCUUCAUCAUCUCAGUGGCCUAUGCUCGUGUGGCCAAGAAGCUGUGGCUCUGUAACACCAUUGGCGAUGUGACCACAGAGCAGUACCUGGCCCUGCGACGCAAGAAGAAGACCACCGUGAAGAUGCUGGUGCUUGUGGUAGUCCUCUUUGCCCUCUGCUGGUUCCCUCUCAACUGCUAUGUCCUCCUCUUGUCCAGCAAGGCCAUCCACACCAACAAUGCCCUCUACUUUGCCUUCCACUGGUUUGCCAUGAGCAGUACUUGUUAUAACCCCUUCAUCUACUGCUGGCUCAAUGAGAACUUUAGGGUUGAGCUUAAGGCAUUGCUGAGCAUGUGCCAAAGGCCACCCAAGCCGCAGGAAGACAGGCUACCCUCCCCAGUUCCUUCCUUCAGGGUGGCAUGGACCGAGAAAAGCCAUGGUCGGAGGGCUCCACUAGUUAAUCACCACCUGCCCUCUUCCCAGAUCCAGUCUGGGAAGACAGAUCUGUCGUCUGUGGAACCCAUUGUGGCCAUGAGUUAGGGAAAGCUGGAAGUGGUGGGGGAGGGUUCUUUCCUCUCACAAUUGACCAGACACUAACAGAGUUGGAAAGUAACACAGAAGCUGUGAGAUGCUUGGGUUCCUAGGAACCCGUCCAGCGUCAUCUCCCCAUCUGAUUUGCAAACCUUCUAGAAGAUGCCAUGAGGUGUUGUGUGUAAAUCUUUGAGCAAGAGCUCUGGAAACCACCUCAGCUUCAACAGAGGCUGGUCCAGUCAACCACCUCCAAUUGUGUAGCAUCUUCUACCUUGCCCUUCCUACUGCUGAGCAAGCACAGGGGGACUUGAGUCAUACUAUUGGUGGGCCUGACCCACAUGCUCAGAAAAGAACAGGCACAAAGGCCCUCUGAAGUCAUUGGAACAGGUAUAAUCACACAGCUUCAGUGGCCUUGGGUCUAUCCAUAACCAGACAGGACCCGUUUUGGCUUCUUAAAAAUAAAGAGAAAUUAGUUUUGCCAUUUUGAGAAGUUCAGAAAAGUAAAGAAAUGAGUUCAGCCCAUCAAUUUGUAAAAAAGAAAAAAAGAAAAAAAAAAAAAGAAAAAAACCCUGUUAAUAUGCUGUGAAUUUAUCUGUAGCUUUGCCUUCUCUGUGUGUACAUUUGUACUUUAAAAAUCCUGAACUACAUGUAUCCAUGUAGAUUGUAAUAAUUAGCAAGAAACUGGAAUAUAUCAGAGUAUUAUUGAAUUCCUCCAUAAUGAAUGGGGCCCCUCAGCAAAUGAGAAAAUGGAGAGGAGAGGAGAGGAGAGGAGAGGAGAGGAGAGAGCAAGGUGAGGGUCAACUCUGUCUUGUAACUAGCGAUGGGUGGGGCCUGGCCCUCUCCUAAGUGAUAACUAUCAAGAUUAGCAGUACACAGGAGAGCUGGGAGGUAGGAGCUCUUCCCCUGACCCCCAGAAACAAGAAGGGGUGAACCACUGUUCCUUUUUAAUGGACAAUGAGAGACUUGCUUUCCAAUAAGCUGGGAAUAAUUGUACUUAGACACCUCAUCUGUCCAAGCUGUCUAGACAGGGCAUUUUUCUGUUGUCUGAAUAAUGAAAAAAAUUUUUUUCACACCAGUUCCUGAGAGAAGAUUUCCCUGUCUACAUCACUUGAGAAAUUAAUGUGUCAUUUUUUCAAAACGUACCGGCUUCUUAAAGCAACUUUAAGCCUUAAGGGCCCCUUUGUCAGAGAAAUCUCAUUCCAGAUAGCCAGCAAUUUCAUUACCUUCCAUAUGGUCCUGCUGACUCGCAGCGUCACCCAUUGACAGAUGUGUCAGGCAGAACCGACUCUACCCCCAAGCCCAGAGCGGUGGCUGCCACUGUACUAGCAUCGGAUUCCCAUCUCCUCACAGAGCUGUCAUGGAGACAAAGCAUCUUUGUGGAGCUGAGAGGGAAGCUGAGGCUUGAGGGAAAAGAGGCUCAUCCAAGACUCAUUUAGAACUCCCAGUUGUUAACUGAAGCACGAAUUUGGUUAAGCCUGAUUUUGUAACAAACCUAGGGGUUUUCUUAAACUAAUCAAUCCAUGGGAGUGUUAGAAAAUUUCCAAAAUUAAAAAAAGUCAUCUACAGAACAGCAGAUUUUUAAAGAAAAAUGUCUUGGCGAGGGUAGAAGGAGAUUUCCAAAUAUAAAGUGAGUUUUUGAGGUCACAGCUUCUGCAUCUGUCCUGAUCUCUGUAAUGUCAGCUGGUACCUGUGAGUUGCAUCUUUCCUAUGGCCAAGGAGAGUCAGCCCGAGGACAGGUAGCAGCAGCACACAGUGUGUCUUCCCCAGAGAACUGUGGAAAGAGCUUCAGUCAUACCUCCCUGAGGAAAGCUGAAGAUAGUGCCCUGUCACAGAGUAGGCCCUCAGGGCCGCAUCUCCUGUUGGUCCCUGUCUGCUCCCUUCCCAUAUUCUCUGUGUGCAUCUGAGCAGAUGUAACUGGUAACAGUGACUGUGGUCUUUGUGAAGCCUGAGUUUUUCCAAUAUGCUCUAAAGUGUGCUUUAUUGUAAGUCACUGUAAGCGCAAUAAAACCUCUUCUCUGUG